ACUCGAAUUGCUUCCCAACGCAGUCACCAUGCAGCCCACUACUGCUCUCAGAAUGUUCCAGCCUACGAGGCGGAUGAUGCGCCCAAUCCCCAGGAGCACAGCGGUACGUUUCCCACCUGCCCACGAGGAAGAGGAGCUGGAUACGGGGGAUUGGAACUUGGCUACGGCGGUGGAGGACAGUUGGGGCAAUGCAUUGCAGAAGCUGAUUGAUAUUGCAGCUCACACCGUUUCUCAACGCCUCCGAACUCUCAAGAGGAUUCCCCCCGAGUUGGUCCCUCUCGGUGUCGUCGUCGGCAUCGCUCUUUGCUUCGGGUGUUACUCCUUGGGCAAGAAGCUCGUCGUCGACAAGCAAAUACGUCUGAGUCGCUCAAACAGAGAAUAG